UUGACAAUCGACGUGUACAGAGGAUUUGAAUGUGUAAGUUUACAGCCAACAUAAAUUCAGUCGCUGAAUAAGGGGAGGCGAUUUAAAUACCCGGAAGUGAGGAAGGGGUGUUGAUCAAAUAAUUGUUUUGCUUAAUAUAUAUUAUGUUUUGAGUACAUUGUAAUUCGCAAUAAACAUUGAAGCGGUAGAUAAUUCAAUAGUUACUCAAACUAUUAUAAAACAUGAGACGCCUUACAUUCUAGUAUUGAGUAGUUUCAAUACUAGAAGUAAAUUUAGGCUUGGGCUACAUUACCUAGCGUAACGGUUUUAAUAUUAAUUAAUGCCCAUGCCAUACCUAGCGCCUAGCUAGCUGGCUAGAGUAGACAGGCUAAAUCUACUAACUACUAUUACUAGUACUACUCAUUGACAUUGAGCUAAUUUCUGUACUUAUAAGUACAAGUAUUUGGACGUACAAGGAUUCUUAAUCUCUCUCCAGCCAAAGCUUUUAUUCAAUCAAGUAUUGCAUUUUAGUUUUAAACCUAGCCUAAUAAAAAAAUUUAAAAAAAAAGAAUGUCCAGACAGCAGCUCCAGCAAACCUUAUUUGCGCCCAAUGAUGAGCGUCUAAUAACACUGAUAUCUGUUUCCAAAAUGCCUCGGAAAACAAAUCUAAAAAAGAGAAGCAGUUUGUUGUGUGCAGUAUGUAAGUAUAUGGAAAAUAAAUUAAAGCUUUAAAACUGACCUGGGCUAUCUUUGUGCCGUUCAUUUUUGGAUUUUAAAACACCAACCAUGUUCUUAUGAUUUAAUAAAAUAUAUCAUUAAGCUGAAUUAGAGGUUAAUUAAAAUUUGAAACCCCAUUACACAACACACACCCCCCCCCCCCCCCAACCUAAAAAAAAAGGAAGUGGGGAAUUUAUUCAACCUUAGAUACGUUUUCUAACAUUUUUCAUUAUUCAGUAAAAUUCAAAUUUAAAACUGUUUUUCCUUAAUUUCAAUAAAUAAUAUCUCACAUCUCCGCUCCACCUCUCUUAAUUGCAAGUUACAGUGCUAUGACUGCAGGAAAUGAACAAGUAUAAAUGUUAUAAUACUAUUUUCAUAGUGAAUACCAUGGAGAAUCCAGUCAAGGUGUACAUUUAUCAUGUGAAGAAAUCAGACAGAGCAGAGGGUUUCAAGAAAAAGAUGGCAUGGCUGUUAAGGGAUUUGAAAACUCUUGAUGGAAAAUCAGUAGAGAAAGUAAGUAGGUAUUUUUUGCUUUAGAACUAUGUGUAUCGAAUUCAUAUCAUGCGUUUGAAAUUUAACAUAACACAUCAAAACACGACUUAUCAUUUGUCUGAGUCUGUUAUCCAACUUGCAUUGAUCAGAUUUACACUUGAUGUUUGUUGAUUCAGGUAUUUUUAUUUAUUUUAGAAUAUUUGAAAUUAUUUUUAAAAAUUAACAUUAAUUAAUAAAAACAUUUUUUUGUGUAAAGCAUGUAAACAUAUUUUUUACUGAAUAUGGCUAUAAAGACUUAAGUGGCUAAAAUUGGUCAUUUGUUCUGUACUCCAAGUCAGGAGGUCGUUAUUUUUUUAAUCUAAUUUACUGUUGUAUUUUAGGAUGAACUGUUUAAAUUCAUCUUUGUAAACAAAUAUAUUCAUACCAACAUCUUUGACCAUUUCUUUUCUUUAUUAAAUUGUUUCAUUUAAAUAUACAGGGUGAUAAUUAUAGACUUUUACUUAAAGCCAAAUCAUCAUACCAAAAAAUUACUCUGUAUGUAAUAUUUUUAUCGCUUGAAAUAUUAUUUUACAUUUUAACAAUUUGUUUAAUAUUUUUAAUCUAGGUCACCUCAGACUUUGAUCUUCAUUUCUUUGAUAAGACAUACAAGUGGUCUGCAUCUACUGUGGAAGAAAAAGAGACUUUUGUUUCGUCCUUAUGGAGGGUAUGUUGAACUUUUGUUGGUGAAGAUUUAUUUUUUUGUUUUGAUCAAAAUUAAUACCAUGCCGCCUAAAAUGCAAUUUUUGCAUUUUUUUUUCAUUUUUUUUGGAUAAAAUGUCUUAAGCCCAAGUUUUUAAAUCAGUUAAUAAAAUGUUGAAAUAAUAAAAUUGUUUCAAAUAAUAACCUAAUCUUAUGUUGACAGAAAUUCAUGUAUUGCCUGUUCUAAACUUGAUUAUAAAUUCCUUAUAUAAAUGCCUUUUAAAUGAGCCACCAAUUAUUUCAGUUGAGCCACAGAUUUCUCAUGCAGCGCCCAGAAUUUGUCAAUAUUCCAGAGAGGCUUUUAGAAGGUAUGUUCUAAACGUCAACAACAGUUAUUAAAAUAUGAGCUUCUUUUCAAGAAAAACUAAUUAUAUAAUAUUUCAUUACUUUAACACUUCACUUCAACAUGAUUAUUAUUUUAUUUAAAAAAAAUGCCUUGAAAAUUUUCGCUGGAAAUGAUAAUUUUAGUGAGUUAAUAGAGUGUUUAUUUUGUGGUUAGUUGAGCAUAAAAAAAAAAAAAAAAAAAUCAAUUAAGAAUAAUUCCUAGCCAAAUCUAUUUAUCUCAAUCCUUACAAUUCUUUAUUUAAAAAUUGUUAGACUUCUAGACUGGCUUAAAACACCAAUGUUUUUAAGAGGGAAUAAUGAAAGGAAAACUAUUAAAAUUGGGUCAGAGCAGUUUUUGGGAACUUCCUUAACAAAGAGCUACAUUACACAAACAAAUAUGUCAGGAAAAAGUACCUAAGCUUUACUAAUUUAUUUUGACUCAUGUCUGAAUGCACUUGUUUAUUGUGCAUUCAAAAUGUUCAAGAAUGAAAUGUAAAUGAGCUUCAACUUUGCUGGCUUAUUUGGUACAAGUUUCUGAAUCCUAACGUGCUGCAUGUAUGGUGUGAACACUGUCAAAUAUGCUAUCCUUUUAUCACCUUCUUACUACCCUGGCCAAAAUUCAACAGCAUCCUUGUAAUAAAAAUAAUUAAAAUAUCCUGAUAAUCUUGUGUAUAAGUAAAGAAAUUUUAGUCAUAAGCAUAAUUUUAAAAGGCAGAGUCAACUUAUCCAAGGGCAGUGCUAGUUUUGAAAGAAUCUUAUACAUUAAAUGCUUGGGAAAUGUUGAGUUGCCAGCAAUGUUCCCUUUAGGCUGCGCGGCCGCGCAGCAGUUUUGAGUACCGCGCAGCUAAUUUCCACUUAAGUGUGUGUUUGUGACUGUAGGCUGUAAAAUUUUGCGCACAAAAAAAUUGAUGCUGUAAAAAUUUGCACACAACUUUAUGAUUUUGCACAUGAACCAACAAACCUUAGAGGGAACAUUGGUUGCCAGUAGUGCUAAUGUACUUACUGGUAGCUGUAUGUUGACCCAGAUGCUGGCCACACACACACACUUAGGCAAAAUCAGCUGUUUGUGCUUGACUGAAAUCUGAUACCAAGCCAUAGUGAUCAUUGCUUACUGAUGAUUCCUUCAGCCUCUAUCUAUUAUUGGAAGGAAAUAGGACACUGAUAUAAAUGAUGGGAUACCACUUAAUACCACGGCCUGGGAAAGUGUAGGUCUAAUGACACUGACCGUACUUUAGUAAAUAGUGCAGUGAUUGCUGCUAGCUAAAAAUCUGAUAAAAGUAUAAAAAUCACACAAUUUCAUAUGCCCAAGUUUUACCCUCCACUAAGUAGAGUUAUUGUAAAAUUUCAUACAUUUUGGUAAAAAAACUUCCUUUGACUUAUGGACGAGUAAAUAACAGCAGUUCUUUCUUUUCAGAUAUCAAGGAUCCUCACACUCUGAGAGAAAAGUCUCAAUCCGUUGAUGACAUAUCCAUGGAGGGAGAGGACUACCAGGCUCUGUCGGCCAAAGAAGAGUCUGACCUUGAGCUUCUCAUGUCAGAAUGUCAAGUGGCCAUCAGUAAUGCAGAAGUUUUCACUGAGCAGUUGUCAAAGCAGUUAUCUGUGCUUGAUGGGGUAACACUUGAGUUUUCUUUCUGUAACUUUGUAUUUGCAUGUAACUUUACAUUAUAUUUACAUAAUUUACAUAUUACUUUACAUUAUUUUUACAAAUUUAACAUCUUACUUUACAUUAUAUUUAGGGCUGAGCUGGGUAAAGACCUGGAUACCCAAAAAUGCUGAGCAUUAGCACACCAGGCACAUACCUACCUGGUCUUGGCAAAACAACGGAACUGGGUCCGGUUGUAAAAACAAAAAGUUACCUUCUCAUUUUUUUAAUUGGGAGAAAUAAAGAGGGCAUGUGUAUAAACAGUACAUCAUUUUAACAUAAUUAUUUUGUACAUUUUACAUGAAUUAAAUAAAUAAUAAUAGAAAACCUAUGAUUGAUUGGUUCAAAGCUAUUGUUAGCAAAAGCUUUAAAAAUAAUAAUGUACUUACAGCAAAUUUUGUGUAAUUAUUUGUCUUAGCAAGUUGGUUAUGACUAUGGCACUUUCUAUUGACAAUUAAUAUUUCACACUGUGACUGGCUGAUGAUGCUGAGAAGCAAAAGUUUUUUUUAUUGUGUGUGAAUGUCAUUUGUAAGUUCUCUCAUAGAAUUAAAUAAUCAUAAUUUAAUUUAACACUCAUUUCAUAUGAGAAGCAAUUGGCUUGACUGAAGGAAGGCUGGGAUGGUAUCGCCAUGAUGAUGAUAUAAAUAUUUAUUAAAAUAACAUGCUAACUUUGGUACAUCAAAAAUGAAAACUGCAACCAAUCAGUGACCAGCGAGACUAAUGUAUAUCCCGAAGCUCCUCUCCGUCUUUGAUUUUUGAUAUGUUUAUGGAUUAAAGCAGUGGUUCUCAACCUUUGAUCAUGUCCCCCUCAGGGGUCACGUGACAAAAUGUCACAGGUUGCUUGACAAUUUGUACAGAGGGGUGGUGGGGUGUAAAAUGUGCAUUUUUUUCUAAUUUAAAUUUAAUUUUAAAAUCUAAAUCUUAUUUACAGUGAUCAGACUAGUUUCUUAAUGUACUGCAAUCUGACCACAUUAUGUUGCAUACAAGUUUUGAAAAAACUAUGAUUCAUUCUGUAGAUGUCAGCUGCUUAUUUAAUGUCAAUGUUGAGGCAUGUCCCUUUUAUUUAAAAAAAAAAUAUUUAUAAUUGAAAUUUUAUUAUUUCAUUUUUUUAAAAACCAAAACUUGUCAGCUUACAUGUAAAACUAAAACAAUGUGAUAGGCCUACAGUGUCCCACUCAACAGAGCCUCGACCCAUUUUUAGCAUUUAUUUCUGCUUCCCUCCACUCCACCGAUCAAAAUUACAGUACCAACACCUUUUUCUACAAAAAAGCUCCAUCCACCCCCCACCCCGCCCCUCCCCACCUUCUCAACACCUCAAUACCAUUUCUCAAUCUCAAGUUAUAAGUCUGGUUGUGGGUUGCCAAAGCUUGGUAAAUGUUAUAAAGGGAGCAAAGCACCAAAAAGGUUGUAAACCACUGUGUCAGGAUUCUCUUUUCUUUUCUUUAAGCCUUUUUACCUCGUCUGGGGCAUAGGCCGUCCACAAGAAUUUUACAAUCAUCAGGGUCCUGUCAGGAUUAGGUCUAUAUUAUUAAGCUAUUAGUGUUUUGAAGUCUUCAACUUUGAUGCCUUUGUGAUUGCUGCAGGUUUUAAACAUACACUUUUCAGGUGGAACACGUUAUAGAAAGUGAGAAGUAAACUCUGAUUUUGUAACACUCAGACUCAGACCCGCCGAGUUCUGUCUCAAAAUACCCAGACUGGGUGUAAAAAAAAAAACUGCACCUGGCUCGGCCCCUAAUUAUAUUUACAAAUUUAACAACAAACUGUACAUUAUUUUUACAUAAUUUACAAGUAUUUUUUACUUGUAAAUGUAUAUUUAAAAAAAAUUCUAUAGUGAUUAAGUAAGUGGGGAAUAGGGUAAAAAAAAUUACAUAAAACAUAUGCUCUUUUUAUGCAUAAUUUAAAAAAUAUUUUAGGAAGUAGUGGGGUGGUAGCUUUAGCUUUAGUCGAACCCCAUCAUCCAGCAUCAGUAGAUUUGCCAAUAUGUUGUAGUCUGACCCCAUCAUCCAGCAUCAGUAGAUUUGCCAAUAUGUUGUAGUCUGACCCGAUCAUCCAGCAUCAGUACAUUUGCCAAUAUGUUGUAGUCUGACCCCAUCAUCCAGCAUCAGUAGAUUUGCCAGUAUGUUGUAGUCUGACCCCAUCAUCCAGCAUCAGUAGAUUUGCCAAUAUGUUGUAGUCUGACCCCAUCAUCCAGCAUCAGUAGAUUUGCCAAUGUGUUGUAGUCUGACCCCAUCAUCCAGCAUCAGUAGAUUUGCCAAUAUGUUGUAGUCUGACCCCAUCAUUCAGCAUCAGUAGAUUUGCCAAUAUGUUGUAGUCUGACCCCAUCAUCCCGCAUCAGUAGAUUUACCAAUAUGUUGUAGUCUGACCCCAUCAUCCAGCAUCAGUAGAUUUGCCAAUAUGUUGUAGUCUGACCCCAUCAUCCAGCAUCAGUAGAUUUGCCAAUGUGUUGUAGUCUGACCCCAUCAUCCAGCAUCAGUAGAUUUGCCAAUAUGUUGUAGUCUGACCCCAUCAUCCAGCAUCAGUAGAUUUGCCAAUGUGUUGUAGUCUGACCCCAUCAUCCAGCAUCAGUAGAUUUGCCAAUGUGUUGUAGUCUGACCCCAUCAUCCAGCAUCAGUAGAUUUGCCAAUAUGUUGUAGUCUUACCCCAUCAUCCAGCAUCAGUAGAUUUGCCAAUGUGUUGUAGUCUUACCCCAUCAUCCAGCAUCAGUAGAUUCGCCAAUAUGUUGUAGUCUGACCCCAUCAUCCAAGCAUCAGUAGAUUUGCCAAUAUGUUGUAGUCUGACCCCAUCAUCCAAGCAUCAGUAGAUUUGCCAAUAUGUUGUAGUCUGACCCCAUCAUCCAGCAUCAGUAGAUUUGCCAAUAUGUUGUAGUCUGACCCCAUCAUCCAGCAUCAGUAGAUUUGCCAAUAUGUUGUAGUCUGACCCCAUCAACCAGCAUCAGUAAAGUUGCCAGGUUGUUAUCCCCAAUGAAUACUAUUCCAUGGAACAUUAAAUAUCAAUAUGAACUUUAGAAUGCAGUCUGAUUUAACACAAAAGAGUUCACGCAAGUUACCUCUAUGGUAAAAAUAGCAUGAGAUUAUGACCUUAAGUGCUAUGUGGUUUAUUCACUCAAACCAAAUUUUAUACAAUAAUGAAGAUUAUAGAAUAUACCAGUGUCUCUUUGAGAACUGAAUUUUAUUAAUUUUAUUUCUUGGGUACUUCUUCAUGUGUAAUUAGUUGAAAAACUUAAAAUAUACUUGUGAAACAGGCUAACAUUCAUUCCAUCAUGGGAUCUGAAGACCAAGUGCUUAACUUGAUGAGGUUGUUGGAUGACGGCAUCAAAGAAGCAGAACAAAUUGAGGAGAAGCUCGAUUCCUACGACAAAAUUUUGGCGGUGAGCCACAAUAGUUAUUUUUUUAACUAAUUAGUUGUGGUAAGCAUUUUUUAUGUGUCAGCAACACAAAUUUUAAAAAUAUUUGAGGCAUACCUAUCAGACCUUAGUUUAGUAACACAAAAUUGCUUUCAUAAGGAUUAUUAGAAUAAAGAAAAAUUUCAAUUUAUCAUGUUUGUGUGAUUCAUAUUUAAUUUUUCACACUAAAGGCAUCAUCCUUUAUUAAGCUUUGGUCAAAUUUUGGUGGCCACAUCAUACAAAGCUGAAAAACAUUGAGUUUAUGUGAAAGAGUAGCAAUUAUAAUUAUUGAAAAGUGAAAAAUAUGGCUGUGCAACCAUUUCCAUGCCUACUUCUCAUGUGUAGAAGGAGAUACAUAUUGAUGCUUAUCGUUAUUUAUUGUGAUAUAAGUGUUUAAAUUUAAUAAGAAACAAAAAAUAGUAAUUUUCUCAAAUAGUCUGAAUUGUUUGGGAUACAUUGUAAAUUGUUUAAUCGAUUUCAGCCAUAUCAUAAUCAAAGAUCCUUUGUUUUUCAACUCCUUUCCAAAUUUCUUUUCUUUGGUUUCAUAAAGUGAACUGCGGUAUCCUAAAAGGGGAGUCCGUGGCUAAUCAAACAAACCCUAAGCACAGAGUUUUAUGUAUAAAUCCUUUAUAUGAUUUUUUUAUCAUUUUAUUUUUACAUUAAUAUUUUAAUGUCCCUCCCGCUUUUGCAUUGCAGAUUUAUUUCAUCAACUAUUACACACCAAGCGCACUUGCAAUAUUUUGACGAAUCUCAUUUAGCGCAGUUAUCAGGAAUUAUACUUCAUUUUCCCCAGCAAACAUAAGAAGUAGGCUGAUGUGUUAAAAUUGACUAACACUAUACUUACUGAACCGUCCUCAGAAUGUCAAAGAACAAAUGGAGGUCAUGAGAGACAAAGACACAUUGAUGACCAUUAGAAAUAAGAACCACCAGAGAUUGUUGGAAGAGCUGCAGAAUCUUGUGGUGAGAUCCAUUGGCUUUCGUGUAUUUGUAAUAAGUAUUUUUAAAUUUAGCAAAUUCUGCAAAAAAAAUUUAGAUGACUGAUUAGUAUGUGAUCUCAAUGUUCAUUUUUUGAAUCAUAUUUUGAUGUACAAUGUAAAAAUUGAUGUAGAUAAUGAAUGCCUUUCAGCUAACAUGUAAAGAACCCUUGAUAUUAAUUACACACGAGACAAUUUAAAGACACACUUUUUAAAGCAAGAUGGUAUAGACAGAAUUUUUUUUUUACCUGCCCAAUGUACAAAUUACAGUAUUCUUAGGACAUAUGAUAAUAACUGGGGAGAGACUGCAAUCAGGUUAGGUAGAAGGAAAUAUGUGAAACAAGGUAUGGGAAAACAACAAAUGUGUCAGCAAGAAGCCUUCUUCAGCAAACGAACAACAAGUAACACAAAUACAAAAAUUUAAAAUAAACACUUAGCUGAAAUGUAGCAUCUCAGAGGACAGCAAGAGGACAGUGACAGUUUGAUGAGUGUUAAAGUUAUUGGUAGGCUUGAGAGUGUUGAGUUUUGUGACAGUUUGAUGAGUGUUUAAGUUAUUGGUAGGUUUGAGAGUGUUGAGUUUUGUGACAGUUUGAUGAGUGUUGAGUUUUUUUUCUUUGUAAGAAAGAGAUAUAAGUAUUCCUACUAGUGUUUGUUUUUCAUCCGGUAUGUUUUGUAGAAUUUAUUUUAAAAAUUUAUUAUUCAGUAACAAAUGUUUUACUUGACAAUCUCUUCAUAAAGUUGUAAUUCAUCAAAUAAGUAUGACACUACUGAUCGAAAAAGGGGCGGGGAGUGCUAUGAGGUUGGGGUGCAGUGUAGGAGUAACUGGUCCCACUCCCACAGCCAUUAACUUUAUAAAUGUUUAUUGUUUUAGCCCUAUUACCUAAAUUCCUUUGUGUAAAAUGUUUCUCUUAUGUCACUAACCCCAAACCCCCCCCCCCCCCCCCCCCCCCCCUUGUAAAUUUUUACUUUAUGUUGUGGUAAUUUGAUAAAACAUAGAAUCAACUCGACCUUGACCUGAAGCACAUGCAAGCUUUGAUGGAUGGGGACCUGUCUACACAAAAUGGUAUAGUUGAGUGCACUGCUGCAGCCCAGGCCCUGCAUCACUGUAUGAAUGCAGACAUCCAUCCCUGUAAGGCGCUAGCGAUUUUUGUUAUUUAAUUCAGUUAAAUAUAUAUUUCUCACUCCUCUAAUCUAAACUUCCCCUCUCUCUGACUCUGUCUCUCUCACUCUCUCCCCCUCCCUAUCCCUCUCUCCACCGCCUCCCCCUCCAUCUCCCAAUCCCUCUUUCCACCUCCUCCCCCCUCCAUCUCCCCAUCCCUCUCUCCACCUCCUCCCCCUCCAUCUCCCCUUCAUCUCCCUAUCCCUCUCUCCACCUCCUCCCUCUCCCAAUCACUCUCUCCCCUUCCCUAGCCCUCUCUCCACCUGCUGCCCCCUUCAUCUCCCUAUCCCUCUCUCCCCUCCCCCCUCCCAAUCACUCCCUCCCCUUCCCUAUCCCUCUCUCCUCCCCCUCCCUCUCCCCCCAACUCUCCCUCUUGACAUUUAUAAUAUAAGAUAAUAUUCUUUACAUUGAUCUUAAUAAAUGGAAUUUAAUUUUUUUUAAAUUAAACUGUACCUUUUUAUUUUCAGCUCAUAGAGAAAUACCCUUACCAAUACAAUAUUUUUAAACAAGAACAAAUUAAAAACAACAAAUCUACAGUAUUUCUCAGAGGGAAAAAAAUCAUCAGCAGUCAUAUACCAUAAAACUUGGCACCCUCAGUGUCAUUAUUGGCUUUAAGAGUGAUUAUUUGAAUGUUGUAGAACAAAUAGAAAACUUUGACAAGAACACUGAGGCAAGUGAUAAAAUCAACAAAUGUUAUAAAACCCACAACUGUGAUUAACUUUGCUAAUGAUUUACUGGUGCCAAAGAAUGUAAAAGCAAAUUUGAUUCACAAGGGAAUGCCUGUGACACCUAGACAGACAGAAAUAACUUAUUUGAAUUUGAAGAAAAGUACAAUAGUAAAUACAAAAGGCUUUGAAAGAGCAAAAAAAAAGCGGUAAAGGAUUUAGAUGUUGAAGAUCCCUGCCCCUUGCGACUGAACACAGUGAGGAAAUCUGGUCAUGGGUACCGGUACUCUGUUGAUAUAAAAAUGAGUGUUAUCAAAUUAAUCUCCUCAUAACUUUGGCCAGCAGCUGCUUUGUCUUAUUAUUCAAAUGCUUUUUUUCCCCCCUCCAGCUCUGCUACGAAUGGGCGCGGUAGAGGAACAACAAAAAAGAUUCAAGAAGGUGUCUGCCAACUUCUCCAAGAGACUUGUGCACCAUUUGAACAACCUGUUCAUCCAACAGGUGAGUUUGUAGUUCCUGAAAUGCCAUCAUUUUUAUUAUUUCAUAAGAACAUUUUGGGAAAACCAGGUGCCGGGGCCAUUUUCUGACAAGAUGGUGUUAUCACUGGUAGUCUUUUUAUGUUUUUCAUUCUAAAGCCUAAAAGAAAUGGAAUUAUGGAAUUAAAAAAAAAAAAAAAAUGAAGUCUUAUAAAGGAAGCAACAAACUAUUCGUCUGUAUUAACUUAAAGAUCUACAACAGAAAGUCUGCACUAUCCUGGAGUGUGCUCCUCAGUUUAUAUUAAAAUUUUGAAACUUUCUGGAGAUCUCUGACACAAAUAACCAAACCUGCACCAGGUGUGGACUAAACAAAACAAAAAAAAGAAUGUAACUGACACUUCUCAAGUCAAAUGAAAAUCAUGUGCUGAAUAAAUUUUGUGCUGCUUCUUUUGAGUUAAGUUUUCGUUUUGGAAUUUUGAAAACUCAGUUUGCUGAGUGUGAAUAUAGGAUCCCAGUGGGAACAUUUUUUCUGGCAAACUUUAAUAGAUGUGGUGAAACUCUAGGGUGCCAUGGCCUGUCAGUAGAAAAACACUGCAUACACAAUGCUAGAACAAAUUAAUUAAAUAUCUAUUUAUCUUUCACAACACAGAUGUUUCACACACAACCAUAAUAAUUAGAUAUAAUUAUAUUAGUUGCUACACAAGCUGUGAGAAUAUAAUAUAUAAAAUAUAUAUAUAUAUUUAAUUAAAUAUUGCAAUUGAAUUUUUUCAUAAUAUUGAAUGAUUAUAGGAAAUCAGUAUAUUUUCUAUAUAUGUACCCAAUUGUCAUGAUUCUUUUAUAAUUAAAUUUAUUAAGUUUGCAUGGCUAAUUAAUAAAUUUAAUUUAUCCAUAAAAGUCAACCUCCUUCCAGCUCUGAAUUAUUUACUGCAAAAUGUCAAUGUACCCACUUGUAUAAAUUGUAUAUAAAUUUAUUUUAGAUCAAACCAAGGCUCCAGUAAUAUUUUUUUUUAAAAGAGUUAAAAAAAAGAGAAAUUUCAUAUUACCUUGAGUAAUUUAUUUGCACAUAAUAAAGAAUAAAGUGCUUAUUUUUUUAUAAAUCACCAACUCUUGGUGCAAGGAUUUGGGAAAGGGGGAUAAGUAAUAUAUAUCACUGAACAUGUUUUUACAUUUUCAAAAAAAAUAAUUAUGUGGGGAAAUUUAAUUCUUAAUUUUGAGUAAAUUAAAAAAUAUAAUGCAUGCAGUUUUGAAAUAGGUACUUAAAAAUAAUAUCUGUAAAUUUAUCUUUUUUUUUUCCCCCAACAUUAUCUGUUCUUUAUUUCCUUCAAGCUACAUUCUCUGUUUUUAUUGCCUUCAAUUUCCAUUUUCUGUUCUUUAUUACCUUCAAUCUACAUUUUCUAUUUCACAUGCUUAUUAUUUGUUGCUAAUUUUGCUUACUAAGUGAAGCAUAUGGACUGGUGUGUUCAUUGGAAUUUCAUUAAAAUGAUCUGCAAUAAAUCCAAGGAUUCUUUCCAUCCUCACCAUCUUUAAGCUCUGCAAUUACAAGGCAGAUAUUUAUAAAUUGUAGAAGUAUAACUUUUCAGUCACCACAAUAAAUAAGAGCUUAAGGUGAUUUUGCUUAAGUAAUGAGCAAUAGGCUAUUAACACAGGCUGAAGAUUAUACUACUCCCUGUAUUUUAAAUAUUCACGUUUUAUUUUAUUUAGAACUCAUUCAUGCUCCUGUAAGUGCAUUCUAUCACUUAUGCAGUGUUUUAUUAGAUAACUGUUAAAUUUUUGUAGAAAUAUCAACAUAUUUCUGUAAGUAUUUCACUUGAGAAUUUUUUGCAAUUUUAAUUGAACAUUUUUUGUAACAUUAAUUUUCUAAAAAUUUGCACAGUACAAUUCUUAGCAAUAAAAAAUGCAUGCAGUCUUUUACAGAUUGACAUUAGUCCUGGCAAACAAAUAAAAAAUUGAAUGCCAUAAAACUCAUAUCACGGAAUGUGUGCUGAAAGUAUCUUUUGUUAUUUUUUUAACACCCCAAGCCGCUCCCUCCCCCCAUUUUUUUCUUUCUCUCCAAAGUUGUUUGAAGAAAUUUGUAUCUCCUGCAUUUCUUUUAUUUUGAAUCUUUACAUUUUCUCUUCUCACCUUCAAUUUAAGCAAAACACUUCAAAAAGAAUGAAUUCAUUUUUAUCACACUCUUGUCUCUGACCCUAGUUAAUACACCAGCUUGACAUGCUUCUAAAGUCACAUGAUAACUAUGUAUCUCUCAUCUAUCAUGUCAAGUAUCUCAUCAGUGCUCUUGUCAUUUUUAUAUUCUUUAUGUCUGAAUGUGACACUGAUCAAAAUAUUUCACAUUACUCCUUGGGAGGAAUGAUUUUAUGGUUACAGCACAGCCUUAAAUCAGACCAAUCCCCUUGGCGUCACAUGACUGUACUUGACCUUAUUUCAGCAUCUUCUGUACACCAGACCCUCAUCAUCUCAUUCCUUUUCUCACCUCAACUUUCCUCACUUGCCAAGUAUGAAAAUUAAAAGAAAAGAAUUAUAAAAAAUUUGUAUAACAAAGAUGAGUUCAAAUUUAUCAGAUCAUGUUUGAUUAGUUUUCUUAUUAGUUACACACUUUCAUUGUAAACUUUCAUUUUAAUUAUAUUCUAAUUGAUCGCAAUGGUUUACCUACUAUGUAUGAACUUUCAUUACAAUUAUAAUAUAAUGGAUCAAAAUGGUUUUCCUACUAUGUGUGAACUUUAGCAAUAAAGGUUUAUAAUAAUUCUGUACAUAAACAGGGAUCCUGAGAGAUAUGUUUGUGAACAGUCUUUGUACAUGAUAUGGUAAUAUGGGGGAGACACUGCAAUCAGGUUAGCAAAAGAGGAAAUGAGUAAAACAAAGUAUGUGAAAACCUGAAGAUUAAUGCAUCAAAACAAUGAACGUGUUGGCUGGAAGCCUUUGUCAGUGAACAAGCAACAGAAAAAACAGAAUUUAAUUAAAAAAUAGCACUUAGCUGAAAUGUAGUAUCCGAGAGGGCAGCAAAAGAAUUGUGACACGAAACAUUUAAAUCAAAGAGAUAGUCUUUUAUAAAACGUAUCUCCAUCAAAAAGUAAACUCUCACACUAUAUAAAAGUUUGGUCAUGUAAUUUUCAUUAGUUUCUCAAUUAAAAACAAUUAUUGAAGAAAAAAAUAAGGGUUGAGGGCUAUGAACUUUGAACUGUUUAUAUGAGAUCAGCACUUUGUUUGAUAUCAGAAACACGGCACACAAAAGCUGAUGAAGUUUUUCUCUUUUAAAUGUGAUUAUAAAAUCUCCCAACUUCUUUGUGUUAACUCAAAAAUAAAGUUUGCUAUGAAAAACGGCACCUCUACACGUUAUACACACAUCACUGGCUAGAAGACGGCAGUGCUGUUAUGUAAGCCUUGUAUCCUAAAUGUUUGAGAACCUCUGAGCAACAGGUUAUUUGUAUACAUGAAUUUUUUUAUUGAAAUCACUAAGGGUUAACAGCUUAUUGAUUCCAAUGUGAACAUUUUUAUGAACGCUUCAACUUGUCAUCCUUAAAAUUUAUUGUGCACUUAUUCCUUUAAAUGCACUCAUUUGAACUUUUCCAGGGAAAUGAGAUGGGAGGGACACUCAACAGAUUUGGUCCGGAGGCUAAGCUCCCAUCACACAGCACUAUUCACAAGGAAUUGGUCAUUUAUGCUGAUCUCAUGCUGUGGUUGAAAAAUUCAGAUGAAUCUGUCUUCCAGAAGCUUUCUGCUGUAAGUAGUUAUUGACAGUGAGUCCCAUAAAUUUUUGAGUUUAUUUGAGCAAUUUUUUCCAAUAUUUGAUCAUGCUGAAGAGAGAUCUCUGUAUUGUAAAUGUGCCGUUUACACUUAGGUGCCUUCCAUUUAGUAAACAUUUCUCUGCAGGUCUACAUGAACAGUUUAAGUAAGCUCUACACUAGGGAGAUUUCUGAAUUUCUAGAGGGCUUCAAGCAGAAGUUAGUUGCAGGCAAAGACGGAAAAUUAAAACAUGGUAUUGUAUUGUUGCAUUGACUGUUUUUUUUUUAAAUACCUUUUCCUCUCCACUUUUAAGUUGGUAAAAAAUAAAGUCACAAUACAAUUCUUAGCAAUAAAAAAGCAUGCAGUCUUUUACAAAUUGACAUUAAACCUGGCAAACAAAUAAAAAAUUGUAUGCCAUAAGCUCAUAUCACAGAAUGGGCAGAAAGUGUCAUUUGUUAUUUUUUUUAACAAACUUUUCCUCUCCACUUUUAAGUUGGUAAAAAAUAAAGUCACAAUACAAUUCUUAGCAAUAAAAAAGCAUGCAGUCUUUUACAAAUUGACAUUAAACCUGGCAAACAAAUAAAAAAUUGUAUGCCAUAAGCUCAUAUCACAGAAUGGGCUGAAAGUAUCAUUUGUUUUUUUUUUUUAACAAACUUUUCCUCUUCACUUUUAAGUUGGUAAAAAUUAAAGUUUUGAAUAUGAUUGAUAAGCUAAAGAAAUCUGACCAACACCCUUUCCGUCCCAGUCAAAUGCAUUCCAUUUUGAUCAUCUAAUGCUUUUCAUUUAAAAGAAAAUUCUUGACAAGUUAAUUAAUAUUGAGUUAGUACAAAGCAUGUACCUAUUUAUCUCCCAUUGCUGUUGAAAAUUCACUAACUAAUCCUGAACUCCACCUUCUGUAAACGCCAUGUGUGAUUUAAGCUUCUUAAAAUAUGCUUGAUGUGCAGAGUUCUAACGCUGAUCAUCAUUCCACUUUUAAAAAAAAAAAAUUAUUUUUCCCUGGUAGGAACGGCCACGUUGUCCAGGUUAACUGGGUCCACAACCAGUCUGGCCAAGAUAGAUCGGGGACGCUCGGGAUCUCUUCAGAGUCAUGACGGCCAGCAGCCAACCGGUGGCUCUACCUCGGAUCUGUUAGGGAAAAGUCAUUUUGACAAUGUAGGUGUAGCAGUUUAAUUUUUUCAGAGGAUUUGAUUAUCUAGUUUUUGUAUCUUAACAUGUAAAUUUGACAUGACAAAUUUUCUCUUUAAGACUUAUAACAAUGACACUUCUUCCCCCCCCCCAGUAGUUGGAACCGUUAGGCCUGCAGUGAAUAGAUUGGGUUUUAGUAGUGGUUUUAGUAUGGGGUUUAGUAAUCAGAAAUGUUUACAAAUAAUUAUUAGUCUUAUUUUUUAACUUUAAAAUAAGCUUUUGUGUGGUUAGACAUGGGGGGGUUGAUAUAUUUUUUAAGUUUUCUAAAAAGUGAAAAAUAUUUGUAAGCACUUUCCAAACCAGAUUUCAAUAUUUACAUAAGAGCUAUGUAUUGAAUGCGGACCAAAAUAUCGGCAGGAUAUUAUAAAGUGUUUAACAUUUUUCAGACAAGAAAGACUUUUCUCAUGAGAAAAUCAGUUAUCAAAUUAAUUUAAAAAGAAAUCAGUCGACUGAAUAUAUUUUCAAAAGGCAUUGAAGUGUUAUUUUAUUAUUUUUUUUAAAAACAUUCGCAAAAUUAAUCUUUUUGUAAAUUUGAAGGAAUAUAUAUAUAUAUAUAUAUAAGAAACUUACAGCUGGAGUGUGUACUAAAAAAGGUUGAUAACUCUUGUCUGACAUCUCUGGCUAUUAGAAGCAUUUUGUUUUCAUAAAAAUCAUUCCUAUCUACAUGUUCAUAAAGCAAACUGAUUAAUGUCCCUCUAAUGUUGUUAGAACUUGGAGCAUGUGUUGACAGAGCUGGAAAGAGUCUGCAUAGCAGAGCAAGAUUUUUGCUUCAAAUUUUUCCACCUCAUUGAUAAGAAUCCACCACCGGAAGAUCCCCAGGCCAAGGUGUGAAGAAAACAAUGUAUAGUCUUCCAUGUUUCUUUAAUGUCAUAAAUCCUAUCAAAAUAUUUGAUGUGUUUUUUUAUUUAUGUUUAAAGUAGGCUAAUGAAAUUAAUUUUAACCAUCAUAAUAGUUCUGAUAUUAUAAAUGUUAAUUUUCUGACAGAAAUUCAUUUACUGAUAGAGUUGACGUUUCAUUUUGUGAUAAUCAGUGAAUUAUUAACAAGUACGGACUUAUUAUUAACAAGUGCAGAAUUAUUAUUAACAAGUACAGAAUUAUUAUUAACAAGUACAGAAUUAUUACACUUUCAUCUGCCCUUUAUUUAUGUAAUGUGUAUUUAUAAUGUAACUGUGCAAUGUGUUCUUAAAGUUGGAUAUGUAUUUGCAAUGUAAUGUGUAUGUACAAUAUAAUAUGUAUGUACAAUGUAAUGUGUAUGUACAAUAUAUAAUAUUUUUUUAACAGUGUAAUGUUGAUGUACAACUAGAAUGUGUAUUGAGUUUGAAGCUGUGCAGCAGAGUCACAGAGAAGAUAUCUUCUUGAUGUCCAGAUAGAUUUGAAAUUGUUGAUUUUACCUGUCAGUCGUACAAUAGCAACUGAUCAUUUCAUGAAUGGGCUGAAUCGAUUACUUGAGAAACCUUUCCGCUAUGAAGACCUGGUAAACAUCAAAGUCACAUUUUGCCAGGGAAAGGCAUGAUGAGACAUUGACAUCUGCAACCAUUUGAUGAUCCAAGGGCAUGCUGGUUUAAUCAGACUUUAACUUAAGUAUUAAUUAUUCAUCUGUUACAAAUUUAAAGACAGCAUUCUGUAAUAUUUUUUUAGAAUCUUUUUUUGUACUUUAAGGAAAAGGAUACUUCUGCUGGGGGAGGAGAUGGAGAUUCUGACGUCUGGGUCACAAGACAAACCAAUUCAAACUCAGAGUAAGUUCCCUUGUUUUUUUAAAUUAUAUCAAACUGUGUAACAUGUAUUUAAAAAAAAAAAAACUUAGCUUAUCUGUAAUUGUUUGUGUAAUAUAGGAAUUGUCUAUCUUUAAAAUAAAUAAAUGGAAAUGCUUAAUUACAGCCAACAGCUAACGACUGCAUUUUUCUGAGUAUAUGUCACAAUUUUUUCCACUAAUGUCUUGAAACUGGGAUAUGGCCUUCAAUCGCAGGUAGUGCAAAAAUAAUAAAAACGGUAUAGAUCAACAAAGGUAAAUAAGGAUGCAGUUUAUAAUCAAGAGGCUCCUUUACUCUGAACAAUGGGUUAUUUAAAACAAACCAAAUAAGGUGAAAUUACCUAGCUGAUAUGCACCAAACUGUAGAGCUGCUCUUCUGUGACACAACUGGCACUUUCAAUUAGGGUGGGGGGAAGCAUCUCAGUGAGGGUUUAAUCCCAUUAAAUAUCCUAUGUACAUUAUGAAAUUCAUUAUUCAUAUACAUUUUUCCGAAUUUAAAAACUAUGUCAUCCUCAUUAUAAAUACAUAUCUGCUACUACUAUGCUACCAACUAUUCCUUCAACUAGACAAUAUAAUGUACAAACAAGUUAUUCUGGCAACCAUCGUUUGCUGUAAUAUUCUUACUAACCAAAAAACCACUUUAUAUUAAUAAUACUAUUUAAAUAUUAUUUCAUCAACUUGAGUAUUAGUGAACCCAAAUAUUACUAAUGUUUUAGCUGCCAAAGGAGACUUGCAUAAUUUCUCUUUAGAAUACCAGGGUGCUGGUUUAAUGACUAUAAAUUAAUGCUAGUAUAGAAAUCUCAGACCCAAUAAAUGUUUAUUUUAAGAAAUGAUGCCUAAGGUAACUAUGUAAAACUAUUUUCAAUUUUGUGAUGAACUUUGUAAAUGCUGAUUGUAGAAGAGUUCAGGAUUGAAAAGGGACUUAGUGAAGCUGAAUGGUAUUUUUGGGGGAAAGGAAUUGCUGAAAAAUAUAUUUAUUCAUUUCUUGGUUAAAAUAAACUCAAAUAGAAGACUAUUCUGAAAAUAUCCUCAAUAGUCAAGUACCCCGGCACUCAAUAACUAUAUUUGGAUUCACUACUGAGCAUACAUAACGCCAAGCUGUAUCUUUACAUCUUUUAGUUUGGAGGAUGGGUGUAGGGCUUUCUUUUUUUACACAAUAUAAUAAAAUUUCUAAACAUUUAGAUCUGUGAGUGGUCCUGGGGAAGGAAUUAUUAACCCCAGAGUCUGGACACAUGGGUCUGUUCAUGUCACAGAUCUUUGCCUUAAAGUAUAAAACAGUUUUGUUGAGAAUCAUGUCAGAACUUCUUGUUUAUUCUUAAAAUACUUCAUUUCAUAUUUCAUUAUCUUGAGACAAUUUACAUUUAAGAACAAGAAAUCUGGUUCUCAGUUUGAAUUUCCUUAAAAUGAAAGAUAUUACAUAUCAAAUUGAACAAGGUUAAACAAUAUUUAACAAACACAUGACUACAUUUCUUAAAAUCAUUUUGUGCUAAUUUUAUGCUCUAUGUAUUUACAACUACUAUAGUUUUGAUUAACCAAAGACAUAGACUAAGCAUAAGAGUAUACUACAGCCUAAAUAACAAUUGUCAAAAAUUAUGUUAACAAUGACUUAAUCUUACUAAUUUUUUGUGCAUUAAUGCUAUUAUUAUAUGAUGUUUUUCUUCAUCGUUCAUUUAAACGUUUUUUAAGGACAGACUUUUUGUUAUCUUUCCACUCAGGUUUUAUGGAAACUCUCUUACAAAUUUUUUGGAAAGCCAUUAAAUUUCUUGUAAUUGUAAUCAUUUAAAUAAAAAAUUAUUUUUUUUUUCAACAAAAACUAAGGAUAUUUUCUUAUGCAAUUUUAACAUAGCAAAUUAACAGAAUUUCCUAGCUCUAAAAUAACAAUUUUUUUUCCUUUAAAAUAAUUUAUAACUAAUUCAAAAAUUCAGGAUUCCAAGAAUUAAGAUAUUCUUAAAAUAAAUUACAUUAUUAUGUUAUCAAGUACUCAGACACUCAUAUGUUCUAAUUAGAUUACUGAUUCUGAAUAAAAAAUAAAGUUGAAAGAGCCUUGUGUUGUGUUGACACAAAUGUCCACCUAAUGUGUAUUCUUUGUUUUAUCACCAUGUUUUUUUCUAACAUAAUUCUCUUUAAGCUGUUGAUUAACAAUAACCCAACCCACCCAUUUGUUCUAGGGGUGACUAUGUCACAGAAAAUCUCGGUGGAGGCCUCUUACAAAAGAGAGUCACGGUCACCUCCGAAAUGUAA